AGAGGAGAGAUAGUGAGACAGUUAUGGCGAGCGAGAGCAGCCAGACCAGGAUGGUGGGCACCUUGGUGUGCCUGAUGGUGCUUCUGGUGCCAGGUUUGGCCCAGAACUUCACACAGCUCGCCCACGACUAUGCCCCCUACCUGCGCUUCGACCAAAAGGAGGGCGACAGUGAUCUCUGUUUCCCGCAAGACGCCGCCGAGUACUACGGGGCGCGGAUGGUCGGAGACUGGGGAAGGAAGUGCAACACAGACUACAACUCGCUGGUCAACGGUGACGUUCCCACCUACUGGCACGCCCAGACCUGCGGUUUCCACCUCCACAUAGCUUACUGGAACUUCUAUGGCUAUAACAACGACUGUGACUGCUGCUCCGGGGAGAGGAACGCCUGGUGGGAGUUUAUCGUCAUAAAGGUUCGUGAUUGGGAACUCCUGCCGCACCUACAUGAGGUGAGGUUUGGCCAGAAGUGGGGCUGGUACACGAGGAUUCCCGGUCACUACGAGACCUACGACACCACUCAUCCAGUGGCCUACGUGGGCAAGACCAACCACGGCACCUACCAUGACGACGGUGGUACUGGCACCUGCUGCUACUACGAGGACUUCCGCAACACUGGCAGCGCAAACAAGAACUUAAAGACGUGGAUGAACCUGGUGGAGCUGCAGGAGGAGGGCGGGGAGGACUGGAUGAGCGACCCCGGUACCGACUUGUGGAGUGGCAUCCACGCACCCACCUUCAGGAGUGACUGGGACCUAUGUAAUCUCACCGGCUGUACUGGAUCAAUAUUCCAGGUGUGUGAGACGUGUGGCUGCCACAAGUGUGAUAUUGGAGAAGGACCCUUCUAGUUCGUUCACUCCAUACCUGCCCCCCACACCAUUGUUCUUCCCUUCACACCUGUGUUCCUCCUGUGUCAGUCGCACCUGUGCCUCCCCCAGUUGUAUCCUCCACACCUACGAUUCUCUACACUAGCGACCCUCAACGCCUGUGAAUUGACGUCUAAAGCUAGGAUUCCAUUUACGCUGUAGCGGUAGCAGUAACGUUUGCGGCAAAAAUAGACCACAUUGAAAUGUACACGGUUGUUUCCAUUGCCACGGUUGCGUUAAGGAUAGCGUUAGCAUUAUGCGUUUGCGGUACAUGUCAAUCGCUCCCUGUAGCGAUUGAAAACGCAACAGCAUGGAAACAGACUAGGGAAUCCCACAGUUACGUCACUAUCCCUGUGUUUGCUUUCUUUACCCAGCAAAAUGCCUCUAGGAAAAAAAAAACAGUUUUCUGUCGAGGAGACUGAGAAGUUGAUUGAACUUGUGCGCCAACAUGAGUGUCUUUAUGAUGUAACUUCUGCACACCUACAAGGAUGUACAACUGGCCCAAACUACAGGAAGAGCAUCGCUGAUAUGGGAAGGGAAGAUUUGGAUGGUAUCAACACUCAUUCAAAUAGCCUACACACACACACCAUGCACGUUUAUUGUUACUGGUACUCCACCCAGUACCUUACAGACUUAAUAAAGCAUGUAUCCUUGUAUGAAAAACAAAUUAAGAUAUGACCAGGAAUAAUAGGUCAUUUAGUAUAGCCUAUAGAGGGGUGUGUUCCUUCCCACGCAUGGAUUUUCAGAUCUCCCCCCUGUAAGAGGAUCUGCACACACACGUUAGACAACUUAAUCAGUGUGAUAAUAUGAGCGUAAAGGCAGCUGUGAAAUUAAGAGACACCGAGGAAUAAUAGGUCACUCAGUAUAGCCUAGUAAGUGACAGAUGUAGUAUUAUAGAUUUUCAGACUUCUCCCCUUCACAAGGUUCUCCCACACAUCAGACAAUGUAUUUAGUAGUCAGUGUGACAAUAAGUCAAUCCAAUAAUUACCAAACAUUUUUAUUUCUUAUCACCUGAGUAUUGUAGGCUCCAUAUUUGGUCCUAUUCAGAAGCAAUCUAUGAACCCACCAUCUAUGUUUCCUUGUCCGUUUUUCCACGCAUCGUAGUUUCGAUGCACUGAGAGCCAUUUUCCCUGUCCUGUUCCCGCUAACAGAAAGACAGCUGCAUGCAAAUGGAAACGGGUGUCCGUUUUUCAGGGCAAUUUAACGCAAACGCAUAUAUGGAAUCCUAGCUUAAGUAUGUGGGUACUUCAACAGACCACUAAGGAGCGGGGAGAGGAGGGGUGAUGGGGUGAUGUGCCUUAACAUCUCAGAGUAUAACAGUUAUUAUAUUUAUACGAAUAUUUAAAGAGUAUACACUACAUCCAGCAGAAAAUGUGAACUUUUGCUUAGGACUACUUGAAAUUUUGUUUUUGUAGAUUUUUUUAUGCGUUUCAUAAGUAAAUUUAUAUUCUGAAGCGAUUUAAUAUGGACAAUAAUAAAACUGUUAAUUGUCCUGGAGUUUACUACGCAAUUCAAAUCACGAUUAUUUGGGCAAUAAUGAGUUUUUCAAAUCCAAAUUAAUGCUGUUGAAUUCACAGUUGAAACAGAGACAACAGACUGGAAAAAUGCUUGUGUAUAUCUUGUCAUUGUCAAUAUAAUAAUAAAUAAAGAAUAACUGAUAA